AUGUCCUUCAUCGGCGAGCCUGGCUCGCGGCUCCUACGCACCGCGGUCUUCGCAAUUGGCGUCUGCGCUGCGAAGCACGGCGAAACCGAGGCGGACACUUUGGUUAAAGAGGCCUUGCCCAGCCUCGUGAAGCGAGUUGAAGAGGAGGCAGCGAUCGACAACGCCGUAGCUGCAGCCCUCAAAAUAUGCUGUCACUGCCACAAGAGCCUCAGCGACACGGAACUCUUCCACGCGGUUGAAAAGGUCAUGAACCGGCUUCCGCUUGAGCAUGAUGAGGAAGAAAUGAAGACUGUCGGUGACUUGCUCUUCCAUUUUCUUCUGUUAAGACCGGAGGAGCGCGUGCAAGCAGCCGUGCUGGGACCAAACGGCGAGAACCGGGCGAAGAUUUUCGACAUGCUGAAGGCCCAGUGGGAGGGAGACCCAGAACGCGCCCACAUGCUGGCUCAGCUCAACUCCUCUACCUGGCACUGA